UUUCAUUUUGCUUAAAGCAAUUAUUGCUCGAGCUGUACUGAAAUAAUUGCUCCGGUUUUAUCUGUUUCCGUGUUCUUUUGUCUAAUAAGGCAAAGUACCAAUCCACUUAUUUUUCCUCUUCUUCUGCUUCUCAGAUUUGGAUCUCGUAUUUGCUAAGAACUCUCUUGUACUUGUUCGUCCUUUUUUCCUCCUAAAUCUUCUAACUUCAAUGUUUAUUUUAGUCAACUUUAGUGUUUUGCAUUACUCACUGAGAAACCCAUUUGUUUUGUUGAAUCUUGAUAUUAGUUUCAUAUAUACUCUCAUGUUCAAAUCUGAUUCUUAAUGUUGGUUUGAUAUUUUUUCGAGUUUGACUAAAUAAUUCAUAAUCUUGGUCUCACUCCACCGAUUCGAAUCUGAAGCAGUUUUGAAAGCUGACACUGUCUUUUUGCUCUUACAAUUGUACUUACAGGCUGUGUCUUUAAAUCUUUUUAAUUCUUGCAGGAAUAUCAAAGACCAUUAGCAUGGAUUGCUCUAUCAAGGAUGACGUGACUCAAUUGAUAGGUAACACUCCAAUGGUGUAUCUGAACAACAUCGUAGAUGGUUGUGUUGCUCGUAUUGCCGCAAAGCUUGAGAUGAUGGAGCCUUGCUCUAGUGUCAAGGAGCGAAUUGCUUAUGGUAUGGUUAAAGAUGCUGAAGACAAAGGAUUGAUUAGUCCCGGAAAGAGCACAUUGAUUGAGCCUACUUCUGGUAACACUGGGAUCGGUUUAGCCUUUGUUGGAGCAGCUAGAGGUUACAAAGUUGUGCUCACAAUGCCUGAAACAAUGAGUCUUGAGAGAAAGAUCAUUCUAUUAGCAUUAGGUGCAGAGGUUCACCUAACAGACCCAACGAAAGGAGUUCAAGGAUUAUUUGACAAAGCAGAAGAGAUAUUAAGCAAAACUCCAGAUGGUAUCAUACUACAACAGUUUAAAAAUCCUGCAAACCCACAAACUCAUUAUGUAACCACGGGUCCAGAGAUAUGGAGAGACUCUGCAGGGGAAGUAGAUAUAUUGGUGGCUGGUGUUGGAACCGGUGGAACCAUUUCCGGUUCAGGAAAGUUCCUCAAGGAGAAGAAUAAAGACUUAAAGGUUUAUGGAGUGGAACCUACAGAGAGUGCAGUACUCAGUGGAGGCCAACCAGGUCCACAUAUGAUCCAAGGUAUUGGGGCUGGUAUCGUACCGGACAAUUUGGAUUUCACCGUUCUUGAUGAAAUCAUUCAAGUGACAAGCGUGGAAGCUAUUGAAACAGCCAAGCUUCUUGCUUUGAAAGAAGGAUUACUGGUGGGAAUAUCUUCAGGAGCUGCUGCAGCCGCUGCUAUUAAGGUGGCAAAACGGCCAGAAAACGCCGGGAAGCUCAUAGUUGUGGUUUUCCCUAGCGGUGGGGAACGUUACUUAUCGACUCAGUUAUUCGACUCGGUGAGACGUGAAGCAGAGAGUUUAACAUUUGAAUGAGGCUUAUACACAAAACACUACCUGGCUUGGUUCUGUUUGGUUAAAAAAAUACCAAAAAAAUCGGUUUGAUAUUUACAUUUCCUAAACUCUAUCUUUAAAACAUUGAUUUCUUGAUAUUUCGUAAAAUUUCCAAAGAUAUGAAACAUUAUGGAAGAGGAAGUAGAUCAGUGGACAAGAGACUAUAAACAAACACAUCAUGGAUUAUACCUUUGAUACAACUGUACUUCCUAAGCAAACCUUCUCUCUUAAACCCAAUCUUCUCAAGAACUCUUUGGGAUGCUUUGUUUUGUGUUUGAACAAAAGCUUGAAGCCUCAAAACAUGAGGCAAGUCAUUGAACACUUGGGUCACUGCAAUUGACACUGCUCUUGUAGCUAUUCCUUUUCCCCAAUACUCAUGAGAUAAUCCAUACCCAAUAUGUGCUUUGAACCUUCAAAUAUACAAUUGUAAGAAGAUAUUUACAUGUGCUCAAAUAAUGAACGUUUUGUUAGUGAAUGUUUAAUAUCACAUUUAC